ACCCAUGAUCCUCCGCCGGCUCCUCGCCAGUUCCCAGUGCGCACAAGCGACGAAACCCACCCCCACCACCAUGGCGGCGGAUUACUGUGGACCCACCAUCCGCUUUUAGCUGGGGAUAAGCAGGCGGACAGAGCAAGAAUGGCAGAACUAUUUAUGGAAUGUGAAGAAGAAGAAUUGGCGCCUUGGCAAAAAGGGAAUAAAGACGAUGAAGAUGAUGAUGAUGAUGAGCCUAUUUUUGUGGGAGAGAUUACAAGCUCCAAAAACACCAGUUACCUAAGUAAAACAGGAGGCACAACAUUUCAUUUGGCACAGCGAGGCGGGAUGCAAAAUGGUGGACUCAGUAAAAGCAUGAUGGUGUCUUUUAGCAGUGCACCAGACACAUCUUCUACAAUUCAGUCAGUCAACCAACAAUCUAUCGCUUCUUCUCCAUCAAUUUCAAGCACAAUGGCUGCAUAUCAGCCAGGAUCUCAAAGUAUGCCUGUUUCAUUGACACUACAGCCAGUGGUAUUAUUGCAGGGUUUUAUUGUAAAAGAUAUGGGUUCGCUAACAUCUGCACCUCAGAGUUCAGGUGGAAUGAUGUUCAAUGUAAAGAAUGCACAUUAUCAAAGCAAACCAAGUGUUCCCGUAUUAUCUGGAAUCGCUUCUCUGUCAGGGAGAACAGGGGUUUCUCAAUUAAAAUCAGUUGGAACUGGGAGAGCAAUUCCAAAUAUCAGUUACAAUUCUACUCAAAUAAAUUCAUCUGCACCAAGUGCGUCUGUAAGUGGACAGAAGCUGGGGCAGCAAAACACUGUCAAACCUCUUCAAGCAACUCAAAUCCUUAAUCAUGCCAGUGGAAAAGCAAGUGCAGCCCAGAGCACAAAUGUCAGCAACAAGCGCCCAGCAGCCUGUGAGAUAAACAAUAUCGGUUCAAAGAAAUCAAAAAAAAUUGAAACUGGAUCUGGAAAUAAAACAUCAAGUUUAUCACCAUCUUCAACUGGAUGUCCCACAAAGGUCUCAUCAUAUACCAGUACAUCAAAAGGAUCACCAAGUAAUAUUAAAAAUGGUGUACCGGUCCCAAGAGCUUGUCCAAAAUGCAACAUUCACUUCAAUGUCUUGGAUUCUUUACGACAUCAUAUGGUUUUUUGCUGUCCAGAUCUGGUAUCCAGCUACUGCACUGUAUCAUCAGCUGAGAAGACUCCAACUAAGGUUUUAGAAAUUGAAAAAGGGAAACUUAUAAUGUUGGUCAAUGACUUUUAUUAUGGAAAAGAUGAUGGCGAUGCCCACCUAAAUCAGAAAGAUAAGAAGACAAAUACAACUUUCAAGUGCUACAGCUGUCUGAAGAUUCUUAAAAGUAAUAUAAGAUUUAUGAACCACAUGAAGCAUCAUAUGGAUCUGGAGAAGCAAAGUAGUGAGAGCUGGGAAAGCCACACCACCUGUCAGCAUUGCCAUCGUCAGUUCCCCACACCUUUCCAGUUACAAUGCCACAUUGAAACAGCUCACUGUCCCUACGAGUCAACAACAAUUUGUAAAAUUUGCGAGUUAUCCUACGAAUCUGAGCAAGUCCUUCUACAGCAUAUGAAAGACAAUCAUAAACCAGGGGAAAUGCCAUAUGUUUGUCAGGUCUGCAGCUUCCGCUCAUCAGUAUUUUCAGAUGUUGAUAUCCAUUUCCGCAUUGUUCAUGAAAAUACCAAGCAGUUACUCUGCCCGUUUUGCCUUAAAGUCAUCAAAAUUGGAAAUGCUUACGUCCAGCAUUACUUGAAGCAUCAGAAAAAAGGGGUUUACCGUUGCGGCAAAUGUAAGCUUCAGUUUUUAACCUGCAAAGAAAAGGUGGAUCAUAAGACUCAACAUCAUAGGACAUUUCGAAAACCUCCUCAAUUAGAAGGUCUACCUCCUGGCACAAAGGUUACUAUUCGAGCUUCCAUGACACCUUGUCCAGUAGGAUCAUCAUCAUCAUCUUCCCAGCCUUCAGUUAAUUCUGCAGCUAGCUCUACACUCCAGUGCUCAUCAUCAGUAACGGUAAACACUAAAUUAUACUCAUCAACUAUAAACAAAGUUACUACCAUAGGAAGUUCGCAACAAUUGCCAUACAUUAAAGAGGAAAAGAAGAAAAAUCAAGCAAACGAAAAAGUAACAAAACUGUUUAAUAUUGAUCUUCAGUUUUCCAGGGCGAGCUGUGACAUUCACAAAUGUAUUGAAUGUGACACAGAAAUUGAAGAAUUCGCCAGUCACUUCGCCACUUACACCCGUUGUCCUCUUUGUCGAUUCAGAAGUAGCUGCAACAAAUCUUAUGUAGCCCAUGUGAUGAGCUCUCACACUGUCCCAUGUAAAAAGAAUUUUUGGAUGUUCAAAGAGUAUUCAAACAAACUGAGCGAUAUAAAACUAGUAUGUUCUAGUUGUCCAUUUGAAGCCAGUGUUUCUGAUUCAGAUGAUAUGGCAAAACAUCUUUAUCAAAACAAGUUCCAUGUCUGUCAUAUUGUUUCAAAAUCCAGUGCUUCCAGUAUUAUUGACAACAUAGUCCAUCUUGAGUCCAUUUUGAUAAAUUCAUACAAAAUCCCGACUGACAAAAUUCCCAAAUCAGCUGACCUAUUGAGGAGCGAGCAAAUCUCAACACUUGACGAAAUAAAGACUGAGGCAAAUCCAUCUUCUGCAUUACUUGCCACAGAAACUUUGGAAGUUGAUUUAACUGCUGAUGGAAACCAGGAGAAAACUGACCAACCUUUAUUGUACAAGGCUGAGAAUCCAUCUGUGGAAGCUGUGCCUUCACCCAAAGGUGACAAACUAAGUGAUCAACAAGACAAAACAAACUCCAAUAACAAUGUAGAAAGUAAUCAAAGUACUGAGAAUACAGCAGAUGGCCCGCUGUCUGAAUUGACAACUGAGAAAGACUAUGAUGCUGGAGAGAGAGUUCAGGAUAAUUCCUCCAACCAAGCACUCACACCUUCAGAUACUAACGAAGCACAAGAUUUAAAAUCAGUGGAUAAUGAUGUAGAAAUAGUUCAAGAUGAGUUUGUGGGAAUUGAUACUUGUGAUGAACCUAAAGAUUGCAAGACUCUUCCGGAUUUAAUACUGAAAUGUAAACAGACAGGGAAUGAGGGAAUUGAUAAUGAAAAAUGUACUGAAGAAAAGAGCAAUGAUGCAAAUGUGGAACAGAAUAUGGAUCCCAAAGAAGAUGUUUGCUUUGACCAGUUUUUCAGGAGCAAAGAUGAGCCAGAAGCUGUUGGUUCUGAUGUGAGUGAGCAGGGCAGCAUUCAGCUGGAACCACUCACUCCUUCUGAAGUUUUAGAACAUGAAGCUACUGAGAUUCUGCAGAAAGGGAGUGUGGUGACGGUUACCAAGAGAAAGGGAACAGCAUCAACAGAGGAAAAUAAUAAAGAAACUACUCCUGCUCCAAUACUACUAAGCUCAGAGCAUCUAGAAGAAAAUGAAAAGAGCUGAAGUUUUGCAUGGAGACUCGCACUUCAGUUCAUGAUUUGUUCAUGGUAUAAGAUGCAACUGUAAACAAAGCAAUGUGCAACUGAAUAAAUAUUAUAGAUGCCCAUGCUUGUGCAUCUUGGCAAAUGGACAGAUGCCAGAUCUUAGGCUAAUUUACAUUAUUGGACUAGACUCAGUUGUCAAGAAUUUGGUCCUCUGAAAAUAAUAACAUUGGUAGCACACAGGGCAAAGGCUUUUCCUUUCAGUGUGACUAUAUUUAACACUGGUUAACUUGGAUGAGGAAAUAUGUUUCCAUUGCUACCGUUGCUACUUUUAGUUCUGGAAUUCAAUUGAUUCCAAUUCAGAGUUAAAUUACUGUACACAGGGAGGGGUGAAAAUAAUGGUUUGUAUACUUUUCUUCUUGUAGAAGUUAAAUGUAACUUUAAUGCCAGUGCCUGCAAGCUCAAAUAAAGACAAUGCAUCUCAUGACUUGUA